AUAACCCUCGACAACGCCUCGAACAAUGGCACGCUGAUGGACGAGGUUGCGGACGAGCUCACAAAGCUCGAUAUCCCUUUCAAUGUCCAGGAAAAUCGCAUUCGUGACACCUUCAGGUGCUUCCCUCAUGUCGUGAACAUCGCCGUGAAGGCGGGAAUCAAAGCGCUACAUGACCUAUCGCUAUACGACUACGACGCCUUCGCAAAACCCGACGCCGACGUCGUUUCCAAGGCCCGAAAGCUCAUCAAUGCGAUACGGUCUUCAGGUCAGCGUCGUGAAGCCUUCGGGAACACGAUCAAGGCACAAAACGAUAAGGGCGGGUGGGGCGAGGACCCACAGAUUCUUCGCAUUGUUGGCCUCCUUCGGGACGUCGACACCCGCUGGUCAUCGACACUCAUUAUGAUUGACCGCCUCCUGGAGUUGUACAUGGCUGUAAACGAGUUCAUUUAUUCGCCUCAGCAGGAGAAGGAACUCGCUCCUUUCGCGCUUGACGAGGCGACCUAUCGCGCCCUUAUCGAUGUUCGCAAGUUCCUGCAAUUCCUCAACACGGUGCAAGAGAUCGUGUCUGGACAACAAACCCCAACACUAUCCGUCGUCCUCCCACUCUACGAGAAACUGAUCACCGGACUUCGCUUUCUGAUGACUCCAGGCAACGAAGAGUCCAUCCCGAAAUUAUCGCAUGCGAUCCACGCCACGAUUGAGAAGCUCGAAGAAUACUUCAACAAGUCAAGGUACACGAAGAUGUACGCACUAGCGAUGGGUAAGCCUCCCUCGUACCUCCGCUCUGCAGUGAUUGAGACGUAUGACAAAUUCUAG